AUGGUACACGGACGUGAAGGACGCGCUGCUGCUCCCGUUACCGCCACCGUAGCAAAAAAUGUCUGCUGCAUACCACCACUGCUGCGGAAGCCGUUAUCGCUGGGACCGCUUCUGAACGCCCUGGUGCACCCUCCGGGCAAGAGCGUGCUGAACCAAAAAUCGGAACUCCAGCGGGCGCUCGAGAAGCAGAAGGAACGCCAGGUGCUAGCCGCCCAGAACGUGGCCAAGCAGCAAGCCCAGGAGCAAACCAUCUCGAACGAGCUCGGCCGGGUGAUAAUGCAGCGGGCGGCGCGCCUGGAGCAGAAAAGCCUCGCCGCGGCCGCCGCCGGUUCCCAGCAGGACCAACCGGACUCCAUCAAUCCGGAGUAUCUGAAUGCGCGUGCCAAACUGCGCGCCACCCAGGCGCCGGUCUGCUCGAAGUAG